AUGGCGACUCGUGAAGGGAUCAAUCCCUUGCGGCCUUACUAUAUCCCUCCCUCUGGUCUAUCGCCCGCUUCAAAUGCGCCCCCCGAAGUGACCUCUCCGUCCUCGGCCCAAGUAUUUGGUAGCACGGCGCGCGACCUCAUCCCCGAUUUAGACUAUGCCGACUAUCUGGACGCCUCGCCCUCGGUGUCUGACUGGGUUCGCGAUGCCUUGAAUGGAGCACUCGUGCGCUACACCAAGAUUCUGACCGCUCAGCCAUUUGAUGUCGCCAAAACCAUUCUACAGGUGUAUGUCGUGCCCGACGCCACCGAUGAGGAGUCGGAUCAGAAGUCCACACCGGGUGCGCCAGGAAGCUCGUACGACUCGGAGUCAGAAUCGUCCGAUGACGAAAGCAGCUACUUCACCUCAGCGGCCCCUCCAACGCCAACACCGAGUACACCUCGAUCCCGCAGAUCACGACGCCAGAUCACUGACCGUAGCGGCUAUCUACGACCCGAGUCUACGGCCAAGCCUCAGCAUGCGCUGACUCUGAAGAACUCGAACAACCUCACCGAGGUUCUCUCCCAGCUGUGGGCUUCCAGUGGCCCAACCUCCCUAUGGAAGUCCUCCAACGCGACAUUCAUCUACUCACUGCUCCUUCCAACCUUGAACACAUUCAUCCGCAGUCUGCUGUCGGCAAUUAUCGGCCUACCGGAGGACGACAUUUCCUCGUCCAUGACAGCCGACAUUCUGACAGCAUCGUCCCCACUGGCGACGCUGGUUCUCUCAUUCAUCUCCUCCUCCCUUUCCGCCCUGAUUCUGGCUCCCAUCGACACAGCCCGCACCUUCCUGAUGCUCACAUCUGCCACACAUGGCCCGCGGUCCCUAAUCCGAGCUAUCCGUCAGCUCCCCACCCCCAACUCCACCAUCCCCUCGCACCUCGUCCCAAUUACAGUGCUGCACUCAAGCUUGCCAAACUUCAUAAUGACCUCUACCCCACUCUUCCUCAAAACCUACUUCUCCAUCGACCCCCUGCUGAACCCCAACACCUGGAACCUGUGCACAUUCCUCAGCUCGGGUCUCGAACUCGCAGUCCGGUUCCCACUGGAGACUGUGCUUCGUCGUGCCCAGAUCGCCACAUACACUUCUCUCAGUCUUCGUCAGAAGUCUUCAGCCGGCUCUAUUCGUGCUGCGUCGAUUGACGCUUCGGAUGUCGAGACCAUCGUCCCCACCCCGCGCACAUACCGCGGCAUCAUCGGCACUAUGUGGCACGUCGUUUACGAGGAAGGUGUCAGCUCCACGCCUUCUGACUCCGAGCGGGCAAACCACCUGCUCGGCAACCCGUCUACCAAGAAGAGCAUGCAGAAACGCCAGCAAGGCCAGGGCAUCCAAGGUCUGUACCGCGGCUGGCGCAUUGGAAUGUGGGGUAUUGCAGGCAUCUGGGGAGCUAGCCUGUUGGGUGGAGUAGCAGGAGGCAGCGAAGACGAAGUGACGACAAGGGGCGGCCAUGGCCGUUCCAGCGGUGGUCGAUUUUGA